UAGAUGACAUUAAAAACAGUCUGCUGUGGUGACUUUUACCUUCAGAUUCCCGACGUCGCAGUUCAGUUCAUGAUACGCACGCAUCGGUCUGGCUGUCUUUUCUAAAAUCGGAAACAAUUCAUAUUGACAUUUGAAGGUUGGGUGACUUCAUUAUACGUGCUUUGACAAACAGAAUGGCCUGCAGGCCCGCUUAUCAGGGGGUUUCUCACCGGUGUCGCCGUCGCUGUUGCGAUUUUCAAAGGCGAGCUGGAGGCUGGAAGUUUCCGACUCAAGAGUCACUGCAAGUUUUUUCAGCUUGCUGAAAAAGUGCGUAGUCGAGUUCAUUUUCAGAGUGCAGCUCAGGAGUCAUGACGAUGUUUGGAAAGGUUUUGGAGCCAGUGAGCUACAUGCAGACUGUGAGGGUCCUGGUGCAGGGCAUCUGUUCCUAUCUAGGUGGCAGUGCUACACCAGAGGAGACUGAGAUGGCCAAGAAGAACCUGGACCACAUCGAUCAAGAGCUGGGAGCAUCGAGCUCUGGUCUGCUGAAGGACCAGGAGGUCCGCCAGCUGGAGGAUGACCUGACUGUGGUGUACUACCAGCUGGGCACUGCGGUGAGGGCCCAGUCAGACUUCACCAAGAAGGAGACGGAGGUGUUCCUGCAGUAUGUGCAGGACUACCGGCUGGAGAGGCAGCUAACGGCGCUCUACAAUCGUCUGACGGGAAUGUCGGCACUGGCAGACCAGCCCCCACUGCUGGAGGAGCUCAUCCUGAGCCGGAAGCCCAAACGCUGGGAGCUCAGCGAGUUCUGCGUCAAGAUAAAUUUUGUCCUGGGCACUGGUCUGCUCUGCCUCCUCACGCAGGCUUCCCUGACAGGCAGAGACCAGGCUCUCCUGAUCAAGAGCUGGUCUGACCGUAUGGGUGCCCUCUACAGGAAAAUGAAAAACACAGGAGGUCGCUGCUUAGGCUACUUCCUGGAGCAGGCGGAAGAGGAUAUACGGCAGCAGCUGCAUGAGGCCGUGCAAAACCGAUCACCCCCAGAUGAGGCGGCGGCGAGCAUCCUGAAGACCCUGGAGAAGAAUUACGAUUGGUUGCACUGGGCUGUGAUGCUCCACCCUGCUGUGGCACCCAGAGAAGACGAGAAUGAGGAAGGGGACCAAGGCGAAAAUGAAGGUGUAGUUACAGAAGAACAGCCCAGCAAUUUGCUCUCUGUGGCAUCUGAAGCUCCUAUCCCCCAUGUGGUGGCAUGCUACCGUGACACACCCACUUCGCUGGACAAAAGCCGCAUCCACCAACUCAUUGUGGACCUCGAAUGGAAGAUCCCCAACCCACCACCUGAGGUGUACACUUCCAUUGAAGAGGACCCGGGCAGGGCUAGGCGCUACCUGGCUUCCCGCAUGCUGAAGAAGCUGCAGGAGGGGUUGGGGUCUGGCGUGGCUGUCCAUGUGGUGCCGGGCAGGAUGGAGAUGAAAUGUAACUUCCCUUCAGCCUCCUACUACCUCUACGAGUACAAACACCGGCUGGCCUCAGGCACUGUGUGUGUGUUUGGAUGAAAGAGAGAUGAUCUGCUGUUCUCAUGCACAUGUUUCAGUAUUACACUACACUAUCAGCUUUCACAGUGGCAGCAGGAUGUACUGUGUAGUACUGUGCCCAAAUAAAUACUAUUUUAGAGAAAAACAA